GGCCGCGACUUCUGCCUUGCAAAUGACUGCAUAACUAAAGACUACGAAAUUCGGCGUCGCUCUCGAUUGAGAGGGAAAGUCGGCCCGUCCGAAGCGAACCCACAGUCUCCCACAGGCAGUGUAGCGACAUGGAUCCCAGGAAUACUUUUCAUGUAGCGGAUUGGAGCUAGGUUCUCUCCCUCGCUAAGUAGAUAGAAUAGAGAACAGUAGGUUCGCUUCUAUUCUCUAGGAUACUCUCGGAAGACAAUCGUUCCCGUCACAUAUACGCCGCAGUAGAAUUCCAUUCAGACCGCAUAUUCUUCAUUUGUUGCCCCGCAACAACGCGGCCGAUUUUGACAGAGUACUGCUUUACACCUGAGCAACUCGACGCGCCACGAUGGGGAGCGAGAGGGAUUCAGGUCGUAGCCUCCUGACGAGACUUCCAAUCGAGUUGCUGGUGCAAAUACUCAGCAUUCUGGACGGUGCCGAGAUAGUAAGAUGUAAAAAGAUCUCCAGAUACUUCAAAUCCAUUGUAGACGAUAAUGUGCUGUUGCAGUACAUAGUCGAACUUGAUGCCGCCGGAUAUUACGACAUCCGAAAGCCAGACGUAUCGCUGGUUGAUCGUUUGAAAGCGUUUCGCAACUCACAGCGGGCGUGGAGAGAUCCCAGACCGAAAUGUAUAAUAGCCGGUAUGCGCACGGAGAUUCCAUCGUACGCCAGGAUGGUGGAGAUCUCUUACAGGCAUAGCUAUUCUAUCAAUUACAGCAUGCGUAACAGAAGUACCUCCGACUGCGAAACUGCUGUGGGGAUAGUGGAUACCCGACCUGUCUUGGAGUUUUCCCAUCCAAAGUUCACCCGUGAACCAUUGACCGUUCCCACACAUGAAGGCUUGCGAUUGUCGCCGGAUAUGGAUCUCAUGGUGGCUAUCCAGCGUGAUAGAUUCCUCUUUCUAACGUUAGAGGGGAAACCGCAUCCUCUUGCGGCGCGUCCGAAUUUCCAGUCUGACACAACCAUAUACAGUCCGCGUGGUUGGGUUGAUGCAGCCGGAAGUUUCGUUGUACUUGUGCAGUCGGACUGCCUCGGUCUUUCCGUGUAUGACUGGAUAUCCGGAGACGUGUGGGGCCUAUAGUAUUGUCGUAUCAAUUCGCAGGCGUGGUUGUCACUAGAGAAGGUUAUCUUUUGAUAGCCACUCACGCGCCCGAGCAUAACUCAGCUGCACUUCAUCUCGUUAUCUUGCGGAAAGAAGCCAGCCUGACCAGGUCCCCCUUUAGUAUCAUAGCGACACCUUCCUUGGACCUCGGUUUGCCGGGCUUGUUCCCGUAAUCGGCUUUUACUUGGGUGACGGGUGUGAGGCUACGCAUACCUGCUUUGCGACUUCCUCAUCCAGUCUAGUCGGAUUGAGUCUGAAUUAUGCCUCUUUCUUCAUGCGUCUCAGCAGCCUUCUUUCCAUGCUCGACAGGGAUACUACAUCGAUCCAGGUCUUUCCAUGGGAAGCGUGGGGUCCACGACACACCCGUGCAUUCACAAACCAUCUAGUCCAUGAUUAUGCAUCGGUGUAUGGUAAUCGGGUCGUGGCCUUCAAACUUGGGAAAAUCUUUGACUUUAAUCCCUUGGAUAUUGCAACGCAUUGCUAUGGACCGACAGAGUCUGACGAUCGCCGUACGCGGAAUGAAGCAAUUACGACAUCCACUGUCUUCCCGCUAGAACACCCCACGGGUUUUUGGACGACGUCGUCACGUCCCUGCCGUACCGUGAAACUUCUCUAG